GGUCCCUCGGGCGACAUGUGGCGGCUGCUGCUGGGCCGCGGCGGCCUCGCGCGCUGCUUACCGCCUCCCGCCCGCCCCGCGGCCGCCGCCGCCCCCGACAGAGACUCCGCCGACAGCCGCGGCUCCGCGCGGUGCUGCGAUGCGCCCGGUUGUCGGCACGGCGGGCCCCGCCAUGGCCGCGAGCGUGAGGGACGGCGGCAGCCGCUGCCCGGCCUGCUGCCGCGUUACUCCGUGCUGGACGCUGUCACCUGGGGAGCACUGGCCGCGCUCCUGCUGCAGCUGGUCAGGCAGAUCUCGUGGCUGCGAUCGCUGCCGGACGCCAGGAGGGAGCCCAGGCCUCCCUGGUUGCCCUCGCUGCCCGCACGGCACGCAGUGGUGCCUGACGCUUCAGCCGGCCUUCCCUGUGCCCAGCUGGGGCCCUGCUUCCUGCAGAAAGCAGAGGUUGCACCAGAGAAUUCAUCCUCAGGCCUCCCCUCGGGGCCAGGAGAGAGGCAGCUGUGGGCAGAAGAAGGGGAGUUCCCAGUCCCUCAGUGCUCCAGCCUGAGGCCAGUUCCACACAGUACAAAGGAAAACCCAGCUCAGCGAGAGCAUUUGGAGGAAGCUGCUUUUCAGUUGCAGCAGAUUUUCCGGGUUGAUAUAUCCAUUGCAUUCAAUAUCCUUGGCAUUGAAAGUAUGAGAGAAGGCCAUUACCAGACAGGCUAUACCUGCUUCAAACUGGCAGCAGAUCGAGGCUACAGCAAAGCCCAGUUCAAUGUGGGUCUGUGUUAUGAGCAUGGCAGAGGCACGGGAAAAGACUUGGAAAAGGCAGCUUUUUAUUACUACCUUGCAGCCAGCAGCUGUCACCCCAUGGCACAGUACCGCUAUGCUAGGUGCCUCUUGUGCCACAGUCCUGAAAAUGAAUGGCACAGGCUUCAGAAGGCAGUGACAUUCCUGGAGCAAGCAGCAGAGGCUGGACUUAUAGAGGCACAGGCUUAUCUCGGAGUGUUCUACAUGAGGGGGCUACAACCUAAGGAAAAGAGAGGUCUCAAGUACCUAUUGCUGGCAGCAAAGAAUGGCGAUGCCCAAAGCAGAUACCAUGUGGGCGUUUGCUAUGAGAAGGGCCUUGGGGUGCAGCAGAACCUGGCAGAAGCGAUGAGACACUAUCGACAAUCAGCUGCUGCAGGGAACAGAAACGCUCAGGAGAGGCUGCGAGUGAUAGAAGAGGAGAUGGAAGAUGUGCAAAGAAAGCACAAGUUCCCUUUCAGAAUGAGAGCCUCUUCCUCCAGCCCCUGUUUCUGGGCCACCGAGCGCAUGCCUGCAGGUCUCCAUUCCUUCCAGCCAAGACAACCUGCCCUCACCCUGCCCCACUCCUGGAGUGCAGACAGGCUCCACAUGAUGACACUUGGCAGCACAGAAUGGAGCCAUGCCCUAGGAAACAGGGCGAGUCCGCUGGAGCUGCAAGGUUUGGAGCCCCACCACUGUGGUUACUAGAGCAGCUGUUGGAAAGCAAAAACAAUGGUACAGAGAAAGGAGUCCUGCGUGUGUGUGAUCCAGCAGUGCUUACCUGUGGUCUCCAUUCUCCCAGACCUUCUACUGCUCCUCUACCCAUGUGCCAACUGUGUACCACUGCCAAAGCCUCUCCCAGUGCCUGUGUCCCUGUUGUCUUACCAUUUUGAGUGCAAGUUCCCAUGGUUAACAACACCUUUGUGUGCCUCUUCUUCUAUUACUAGUAUCUGUAUCUCAGUUUUUCAACACAUGCUAUUCAAAGCAGUCUUAAGAGCUCACAUACGCAUGAAACAAAAUGAAAACCUACAGUAUGGGUGAA